AGCGCGGGACCCGCAGGCGGCUGGGUGGGCGGGGCCCUGCACUCGCCGUAGCCUUAAAGGAGAGCUCGUCAGAGACGAGACUGUGCGGGUUAACCUGGGAAGUGGUAGUUACAGGUUCUGGCUUGAGACUCCUUAUUUGUGUUGUAAAUUCUGAGCGGGGUAGAGAUGGACGCUGCUUCAUUUAACACUGAGUUCUCAGUCUGGAGAGGUAAAGACACUUGCAUUGUAGCUACUGAUUGUGUUCCCGUAUGGGGGCUUUAUUUUGUCCCUGUGCUGCCGUUUGAGUGGUCGGUAAUGGAAUUAAUUUUUAAGAACAUCACAGUUAUUUGAAAACGCGUCGUGAAGCGAGCAGAAUGAGAAGAAAAGGGAGGAAUUCCUGAAAGCUUGCCUUUUUUACCUUGAAGAGUUUCCAUUUCUAGAUCGUGGCAAAAGAGAAGGUAUAGGAGACCUGACCUACAAACAUACACUGAAAAUUAUCUUCUUUUUCUAUGUAUUUUCAUAUUUGCUGGUGUAACUAAAAGAUUCCAAAUGAAAAUAGCUUGAGGAUGAGGCCUAACACCAAUUUUUUUCCAAAUGGAAACGUACUACUGCAAAUCCUGGAGGCAAAAUGUGUGUGACAUGGAAUGUUGAAGGCCCUGUGAUGUGCCUAAUAAUCUUGUCCAUUUCAAGCAAGAAAAAAAUCAAGGUGAACUGAAGAAAAUGAGUCUUUCCCCAAAGGAGAUGGAAGAUGGGGAAAAUGAGAUGUCAGAAGAUAAGGACAAUGGCAGUACAGAUGAGGUUGUCAUCCCUCGGAAGAAUGGUAGGAAGGUUACCACUGCUCCAGGAAAUAAAGUAGAGGGAAAAAGGUCUCUAGCUCCCACGUUUGCUGAGAAAUUAAUAUCACACCACAGGAAGGGAGUUACAUGGGCCAAGCUGCCAAAAGACAAGAAGAGUGCCAAGCUAGAGGACCGUGAAGAGAGAAAUGAGAACUAUGAGGAGGAUGAAGAGCUUCUGAAAAAAACACCUGAUAAACGGAAAACGGAAAUGGCCCAACAGAAGGCUUCCCCUGAAACCAAAAAACAGAAAUUAGAAGCUGAACCACCUGUAACUUUUAGACUGCUUGUUGGAAGCCUGAAUUUCAACAAAACCGAUGCCGAACUAAAAACUGGUCUCAGUGAAUUUUUUGCUAAAAAUGAUCUUGUGAUUGUUGGUGUCAGAGUCGGCUUGUCCAGAGUCGCCUAUAUUGACUUCAAGUCACAAGCCGAGGCAGAGAGAGCAUUGGAAGAGAAGCAAGGAACAGAGAUUGGCAGGCUUGCUGUAGUCCUGGACUGUAUUGGAAAGAAAAGCCAAGGCCAGGAAGGUCAAGACAGAAAGCACAGCCCCUGGAGAGUGGGAAAACGAAGGAUAGAACAAGAAAGCCACACGUUUCAAGAAAAAUGGGAGAGAGCUUAUUUCUUUGUGGAGGUAAAGAGUGUUCCUACAUGUUUAAUAUGCAAACAAAGUCUGUCUGUAUUGAAAGAAUAUAACCUAAGACGCCAUUACGAAAUACACCAUAGUAGGAACCAUGAUGGAUGUACAGAAAAGAUGCGUGAUAAAAAGCUUAACAAACUGAAAAAAAGACUGAAAUUUCAACAUGAUUUGCUUUUGAAUGUGAAUAAAAUAAGUGAUGCUGCCAUGAAAUGUAGUUACGUAUUAAGUGAGAAAAUUGCCCGGGCAUCAAAACCUUUGACAGAUGGUGAGUUUAUAAAGGAAUGUCUAUUGAGUGCAGCAGACAUUAUGUGCCCCGAACAGAGACCAGCAUUUGCCAAUAUAAGACUAAGUGGUAAUGUUGUUGGGCAGCACAUUGACAAUAUGACUGAGAACUUACAGGACAAGUUGCAAGAGAAAGCGAAAUCAUUUGUGGCUUUCUCUAUAGCAGCUCAUGAAAGCGCUGAUAUAAAUAAUACCCCCCAGUUAGCUGUAUUUAUUCGUGGUGUUGAUGAAGCUUUCGAUGUGACUGAAGAACUUUUGGACAUGGUACCCAUGACAAGCACAACAUCAGGAAAUGAAUUAUUUUUAUGUGUUGAGAAGAGUCUUAAAAAAUUUAAUGUAGACUGGUCAAAAUUAGUAAGUGUUAGCACAGAUGGUAGUUCUGCAAUGGUUGGUGUUAAACAACUUGUUACAAAACUUAAACCUCAAGUGUCAGGGCUUUGCAAAGACACAGAACUUAAGUCUGUGCAUGGCCUCAUUCUCCAGGAAUCACUUUGUGCUAACAAGUUAAAAAUGGAUCAUGUCAUGGAUGUAGUAAUUUACACCAUAACCUGGAUACACUCCCAUGGCUCAAACCACAGAAAGUUCAGUGCUUUGUUUAAUGAGUUAGAUGCACAGUAUGGAAGCCUGUUCUGCUCCAUGGAACUUAAGUGGCUGAGUCGUGGUAUGGUGCUCAGGCAGUUUUUUGAACUGUUGGGAGAAAUUGACUUUUUCAUGUCUUCUAAAGGAAAAUCCGUGCCUCAGCUUAAUAGCAAAGAUUGGGUCAAAGACUUAGGCUUUUUGGUUGACAUUAUGACUUAUCUAAACACACUGGAUAUUUCUCUGCAAGGGCGUUCACAAGUGGUUACACAAAUGUAUGAUUCCAUUCGCUCAUUCCUAGCGAAAUUGUGUCUUUGGGAAACUCAUUUAGCAAGGAACAAUCUGGCCCACUUCCAUACGCUGAAAUUAGUUUCUGAAAAUGAAAAUGAUGGCCUGAACUACAUUCCAAAAAUUAAAGAGUUGAAGACUGAAUUCCAAAAAAGGUUCUCUGAUUUCAAACUUUAUGAAAACAAACUCAUAUUGUUUAGUUCACCUUUCUCAAUUAAUAUUAAUAAUGUGAACGAAGAGCUACAAAUGGAAGUUAUCGAAUUGCAGUACAACACCAUACUGAAAGCUAAAUAUGAUGAUGUUGGAAUCCCAGAGUUCUACAAGUAUCUUGGGAACGGUUACCCUAAAUAUAAAAACCAUUGUGCAAAGAUUCUGUCCAUGUUUGGAAGUACCUAUAUUUGUGAGCAGUUCUUUUCUGUUAUGAAACUAAAUAAAACUAAAUAUUGCUCCCAGUUAAAGGAUUCAAAGAUGAAUUCUCUGCUGUGUGUUGCCACACAAAAUUCACGACCCGACAUUGAUUGAAACCUUGGGGCAUGAGAAGGGAUUGUCAGAUGUUGGAUUUCAAA